GCUGACCGCUAUCCGCAGAAAGAAAUAAACCAGGCUAGGCUAGGAAGACAGCGAGUUUGGAUCGCGCGGAGCGGGCACACGGAUCGCGUGGACUCCGAGGCACGGACGGCGGGGAUCGGACUGGGGCGACUCUUUCUCCCUCCCACGGCGAUGCUGCGGGGCCGCCAUCAGCUCGCAGCGACCCGACAGAAGGGCACCGAAGUGGAUGGAAACCCGACAAAAGGCGACGUCGUCCGUGGAAGCGCUAGCUUAGUUUAGAUGUUAUUGUCAGUUAAAAACAAACCGUCUCGCUCGCGAUGUCCUGCACUGGGAACCUGGUUUGGGAUGUUAAUAAACGCCUGAUUGGAUACGGCGAGCCCAACUCCAUCAGAACCAGCUAUUUAGGUAGAAGGGAAUUUGUCCAGAGGCUGAAAUUAGAAGCGACGCUCAACGUCCACGAUGGUUGCGUCAACACGAUAUCCUGGAGCGACACGGGGGAGUAUAUCCUGUCGGGGUCAGACGACACCUUUCUGGUCAUCACCAACCCGUACAAUAAAAAGGUCAAGAAGUCCAUCCGCUCAGGUCAUCGAGCCAACAUCUUCAGCGCGAAGUUCAUGCCGCACACCAACAAUCAGGAAAUCGUCUCCUGCUCUGGAGACGGCAUCAUCUUCUACACCAACACCGAAAAGAGUCCCGAGUUCAACCGGCAGUGUCAGUUCACCUGCCACUACGGAACGGCUUAUGAGAUUAUGACUGUACCAAAUGAUCCCUACACAUUCCUGUCGUGUGGGGAGGACGGCACGGUGCGGUGGUUCGACCUGCGCACAAAAACCAGCUGCACUAAAGAAGACUGCAAAGAUGACAUCCUGAUCAACUGCCGGAGAGCGGCGACCUCCAUAUCCAUCUCCCCCCUGGUGCCGUACUAUCUGGCCGUGGGCUGCUCGGACAGCUCCGUGCGGAUCUACGACAGACGCAUGCUGGGAACCAGAGCCACAGGUAACUACAUGGGCCGGGGAACGACGGGCAUGUGCGUGCGGUUCGUGCCCGCCCACCUGUCCAACAAGUCGUGCCGGGUGACGUCUCUCUGCUACAGCGAGGACGGCCAGGAGGUGCUGGUCAGCUACUCCUCCGAUUACAUCUACCUGUUCAAUCCCAAAGACGACCAGGCCCGGGAGCUCAAGGGCCCGUCGGAGGAGAGGAGGGAGGAGCUAAGGCAGCCUCCAGUGAAGCGCCUCCGUCUGCGAGGGGACUGGUCCGACACCGGACCCCGAGCUCGUCCUGAGAGCGAAAGAGAAAGGGACGGGGAGCAGAGUCCGAACGUGUCGCUGAUGCAGAGGAUGUCAGACAUGUUGUCCCGGUGGUUCGAGGAGGCGAGCGAAGCUCAGAGCAGCAGAGGAAGCCGACCUCAGAGCCGGCCCAGAGGAACUGCCAUCCGGCCCGAGGCCUCGUUGAACACUCCUGCUGCCCCGCCUGCAGACUCCAGCCAGGAGUCCAGCGCCCCUGAGAGGCCUGCGGGGACGGACUCCCCAGAGGUCCCUGCCAGUCCUGCAGCGGCCGCCGAAGCCCCGAUGCCCAAAUCCGCCUCCGCUUCCUCCUCAGGGUCUUCAUCGACGGUGACCGCGCCGCCCCCUACCUCCGGCUCCUCUUCGCUAGAGACCUCGGCCCCUUCCUCUUCCUCCGUCACCUCCUCUCCUGACUCGGAGCAAAGGAGUCAGACGGACGCGACCGGGACGCCCACGGCCACGCCCGCCUCUGAACCCGCCCUCUCAGAGUACGGUCCUCAUCGGCUGCCCAUAAGUUUAGUGUGUAGGCGUUUGCAGAGGUUGCUUCGUCUGGCCGACCCCCCGGGCCAGGGUCAGCGAGCGGCCCCUUCAUCUUCCUCUGCAGCCUCUGAGCGACAGUCGCAAAGGAGGGCUACCUCAGCAGCUGCUGCUGCCGCUGCUGCCGCUGCGCCGAGGCAACCCCAAACAGAUUCCCCUUCGUCCGUGGUGAACAAACAGCUGGGAUCCAUGAGUCUGGAUGAACAGCAGGGAGGUGCAGAAGCUGCAGGUUCCCCUCCCGAGGAAUCGGUCACGGUGGCAGCCAGCGGCGGCGCCCCCACCACCUCUGCUUCCGUCUCUCGACCCAGCGCAGCAGAGCCAGUCCUCAGCCUGCAUUACAGCUCAGAGGGCACCACCACCAGCACCAUCAAGCUGGACUUCACUGACGAGUGGAGCAGCAGCGCGUCCAGCUCGAUGGGCAGCGGAGCCCCCAAAGCAUCUGAGGCCGUGGCGGCCAGCGGCAGGGAGACGCUGUCAGCGGAGAGCCUGGUGUCAGAACAGGCUCCCUGCGAGUCCUCGGGGCUGCAGAGUCUGCCAGCCGCCUCCUCGGAGUCGCAGCGCGACGCCUCCGGCCCCCUCGGCACGCCGGUGACUCGGGGGCCCGCCGAGUGGGACUUCGGCGGCUCUCCGCCGCAGGAGAGGAGUCAGCCAGAGGGUUCAGAGGACCCGUCAGGAGGCUGCAGGAGAGCAGAGCCUGCCGGAGAGGAAGGGGCCGAGGGUCAGAGUCAGCCGGCACCGAGCAACCAGGACUCAGAGGACAGCGACGACGACCCCAUCCUCAUCCCCCCGGCGAGAUUCAGAGGACAGGGGCAGAGAUUUAAUUCCAGAGGAUCUGCAGUGGGGGAUAGGAUGAUCAGGCGCUCCGCGGCAGCUCGUAUCCAGGAGCUGUUUCGCAGGAGGAAAGAGAGAAGAGAGAUGGAGGAAAGUGAGACCCAGAAUAUCCGCAGACCUUCAGUCAAAAUGGUUUACAAGGGCCAUCGCAACUCCAGAACAAUGAUAAAGGAGUCGUGUUUCUGGGGCAACAACUUCGUGAUGAGCGGCUCAGACUGCGGCCACAUCUUCAUCUGGGACAGACACACGGCAGAGCACCUCAUGCUGCUAGAGGCCGACAACCACGUGGUGAACUGCCUGCAGCCGCACCCGUACGACCCCAUUUUGGCUUCUUCAGGGAUAGACUACGACAUCAAGAUUUGGUCCCCCCUGGAGCAGUCGCCGUCUUUCAACAGAGUCCUCGCUGAAGAGGUCAUAACCCGCAAUGAGCUGAUGCUGGAAGAAACCAGGAACACAAUCACUGUCCCGGCCUCGUUCAUGCUCCGAAUGUUGGCGUCCCUCAAUCACAUCAGAUCAGAUCGGCUGGAGGGCGAUCGAUCUGAAGGAUCCGGUCAGGAAAACGAGGAGGAGCAGUAGCCAAGCUGGGGUUUUAUUUUCAUGAAAAAAAAGAAAGAAAAAAAAAAAACUUUUGUUGUUGCUGUAUAGCACUUGCAAAGAGUUCCCCGAGAUUUGUACUAGUGUAGAAUACUUCCUUUUGGACAUUAGUGUCAUUUCUAGGCCCUUGUGGUUUUUUUUUCUUUUUGUUUUGUUUGUUUUUUUGUUUGUUGUUUUUCCUUUUUUUUUUUUUUUUUUUUUUAAAGAACUUUCUUACCGUUUCUGUACGAGGAUAAACUACACCUGUGUGACUGCAAAAGGACGCCAGUAUGCGUAUAUAAAAGUGUAUGUGUAGAGUGCUAAUAACAGCGGCUGGUGUGAGAGGAUGUUAAAGUGCAAUAUUAUUUCUGUCUGGAGAAGGUGGGUUUGAUCAGUGUUAAUGUUUGACAUUUUUGAACUUGUAGCAAUGAAAUGUCGACGUGCUGCUGCGGCACUUAAAAGCAUGUGAAUACAGACUUUAAUUAAAACACAAAGGCUUUAUUUCUGGUGUUUUUACAAGAGUUUUGGACAGGGAGGACUGAUCAGGGAUGGAAAAACUGUAGACGGCAGCUGAUCUGGACUGAACAGAGCAUCUGUUGAGUUUUUUUUUUCCCUUGCAGCGGGUAUUUUAGCAGCCGUCUCUCUGGCUCUUCUAGAAAAGUCUCUCCUUCUCCAGUGGGGGAAAUGUAUGUUUGUUUUAAUACUUAAUGAUUUGUGUUUUAAAUAAAAGAGUUUGGGAAGCGUUU